AUGGCACGUGUCCUCGUCGGAAUCACCUCCGGUGCUAGCGGUAUCGCAAUUCUGGCCGCUCUCGUCACCGUUGGCUACCUUUACAACGAUAUUAACAACUUUUUCGACGACACCAUGAAAGACAUGGAGGAAUUCAAGAUUAUUGCCAAUGAUGCUUGGACAAAAAUGAUCUCCACAAACUACGUCGGAGGUCGAUCUCCACGUCAGGAGUGCCCUGGACCACCUGGUCCUGAUGGUCCCGAAGGUCCAGCUGGUCCAGAUGGCAACGAAGGUGCCCCUGGAGAAGCUGGUGAAGAUGAGCAGUCGCUGGUUAUACGAAUGGACCAGAAGGAGAUGCUGGAGAAGUGGGUAAUCCUGGACCUCCUGGAGAACCAGGACCGGAAGGCCCUGGCUGGUAACCCAGGUGCUGAUGGAGAGCCAGGUGCUCCCGGAAUAGAUGGUGAGGCUGGAGCUGAAGGACUGCAGGAAAUCCGCGGAUGGGAUGGCGGUAACGGGCGUGGACCUUGGAGCACCGAGAACUGCCUGGAUGUCCAGGAGAAGACGCGCAAUACUGUCCUUGCCCAGAUCGGACAAUUAUGA